AUGCAGGGAUUUGGCUGCUUCCGAUUGUCGCAGGGCCUGGAACUCCUGCAGAAGCGCGGGAAGUCGCUCGUGCAGCAGGCUCUGCCGCACGUUGAGGCCCUCGGCCAGAUCAUCCAGGCUACGCGCAACGAGACGUAUCGGGAAGCCUUCGCUCAGCUCUCGAAAAGCGUGCAAGACUUUCACUUAGUCUCUUCAGCACCGCUCAGAGCAACGGCUGCCGUCUGCGGGCUGCUGCCAUCCUUGGUGGCUGUCGGGUUGCCAUUCCUGGCAAACCGGGGAUUGAUAGAGGCUGUUGCGGCGGCCGUCUUUUGGCUGGUCAUCCGGCCGGCUGCCGCCAUGCUCGAGGCUUCUUGGUGGCUUCUUGUCCCAGGAGCAGUCCCCACGGCUGUGCGCGGCUUCACCCUGGGCCUGAUCCCAGAGGCGAUGGUCAUGGCAGCUCACUUUUACUGGUGCUGGGGCCUCUUCGAGCUUGUCUGCCGUCGCAGACCAGCCGCGCAGAGGCUUCUCGCGGUCGCAUGCCUGACCUUCGUCCUCCUACCUGUGACCCUGGCGCAGGUCUUCUUGGAUCACCUGCAGCCUCGUCAAGCUUGUCUUUGUGCUCUGGUGGGCGACUUGCUAGGACUUCUCUUCUUCCUCGCGCUGCGCACCCCGCCCUGCUGGCGCAUCAUCUGCGCCCUGCCAAAGGACCAGGCGUACCUGUGGGGCAAGGAGCUGUACCGCUGCAUUGGCACAAAUGAUGACCCGCAGGGGUGA